UUAAUAGGUGACCCGGAAGUUCCAGCCACUCUCCGGCUUGGGUCCGAAUAUUCUAUAAUUUAUUUUUAAAUAGGCAUCUGUCCAGUUUUCAGUCACUGAAGCCUUACACCGUAUGGUCUGUGUUACUUGAAUUUAAACGCACUAAGAAUGCGUUUACCUAUUUCGUUUGGAAACGUCUUCCGGAAACGAAACCCUGAGUAAUCAAUCGGAAGUGACUAGUGGGGAGCGAGAAGUUGAUGUCACGAAGACCUGGGCGGGUCGGCUCGGGAUGGAAGGGGACUGUGCGGAGAAGUUAGCCCGGUGAUUUUGGGCCGGACAACCGGCACUGGGCCGCCCCCUGGACCAGGAAGAGUGAGACUCUUAGAGGUUUUUCGGUAGAAGUUUCCGGGUGCAUUUUCAUUGGUUAAAAAGAUGACUACUCUUGAGAGUUUAGAAACUAAAGUCGCCCUGGCUUCGCCCCCAGUCCGAGGAGCAGGAGAUGGGAUGGAAACGGAGGAGCCACCUAAAUCUGUGGAGGUCCCUGCGGGGGCGCCACCACUAACGCCCACCGGCCUCCGGAGCCCCCGGAAGAAAGCGGCUCCAGCGGAGAGCCCAGGAGUCCUUCAGCUGGGCAAGGUUCGCCCCGAGAAGGCGGUGGAGGUGGAGGCCGUGAGAAUCCUGGUUCCCAGAGCGGCCAUCUCCCACACCGCGCCGCGCAGGAGCGCCCACGGCCGGCCUCCGGGGCCGCGCAAAGGGGAGCCCCUGGGCCGGCCCGAGGGGGGCGCGGCGCCCGGGAAGGAGCCGCCGGAGGUGGAGCGGCUCAGGCGCGCGGAGAGGAGGCUACUGCAGGAUAAGGAAGGCCUGGCCAACCAGCUCCGGGUGCAGACGGAGGUCAAUCGUGAGUUAAAAAAGUUGCUGGUGGCUUCCGUUGGGGACGAUCUUCAGUAUCACUUUGAACGUCUAGCCCGCGAGAAAAAUCAGCUCAUCUUGGAAAACGAAGCCCUGGGUCAAAACACAGCGCAGCUCGCCGAGCAGUUGGAACGCAUGUCGAUACAGUGCGACGUGUGGCGAAGCAAAUUCCUCGCGAGCAGGGUCAUGGCGGACGAGCUGACCAACUCCAGGGCGGCCCUGCAGCGGCAGCAGCGCGAUGCCCAGGGCGCGAUACAGGAUCUCCUGAGUGAGCGGGAGCAGUUCCGCCAGGAGAUGGGAGCCACCCACAAGCUGCUGGAGGGGCUCCUGGCCUCGCUGCAGUGGGGAAGGGAGCAGACGUACCGCCCCCGCGUGCCGCCGCGCAGCACCGCCGAGCUAGCCCUGGCUAAUCAUGAGCUGGCCAGCGCGGUGAACUCUCAUCUCCUGGGAAACGUCGGAAUGAACGGUCAAAAAAAGAGUCCGUCACCAGCUGAAUUCUGCAGCACCCCUGCAGAAAAAAUGGCGGAAAAGGUUCUCCGCAGUUCGGACCCAGCUACCUGUACAGAAAGCCGACCCGAUCAUCCAUUUUCUGAGUCUUCACCAACCACCCUACUUGCUACAAAGAAAAAUAUUGGGCGAUUUCAUCCCUAUACUCGAUAUGAAAAUAUAACCUUCAACUGCUGCGAUCGCUGCCAGGGUGAGCUCAUCGUCCUUUAACGCUCAGCGCCAGUGGCGAGCCGCAGGCCCUCGUCCGUCCCAGCGGUCGCCCUUGCUCAGAAGCUGGGUUCCUAUAGUGCUACACGUACUCUCACUUUAUACUUAAGCAACAUAUACCCCCAAAGAUGUUUCAUGGGCUAGACUCCGAGUUACCCUUUUUUAACACAGGUCUCAGGGUCAGGAAAGAAUGAAACUGCGGAUACAUCUAAGGUGGAGAAUGCUGCCCAGGCAUGACAUGAUGCUUUUCCUAAAUCUAAAAGGAAAAGAACUCCACCUUCUUCUAGAGUAUGAUUCCUUGUUUAUCUUGCUGUGUUUAUGAGAGCAGGUUUCAUUUUGGUGGUUGAAGUCCGAGGCUGGCACAGGCCAGCGCUGGGUCCCGGGCAGCCACCCAGCACGGGCUGCCUUUGGGGCCGCUGCAGAGCUGAGCGGAUGGGACGGGGCUGCGGAGCCCAGAACAUUUACUGUCUCGCUCGUCACAGUUUUCUGACCCUGACUCUAAAGUAGUAACUGGCUGUGGAUGUUGCAGGGAAAGAGUGUUCUUUUCCUUUUCAGUGAUUUUCGGGGGGGCUACAAAGGAGGCUUAGGGAAAACUAUAGGUGAAGGGUUUUAAAAUAAAUGCUAUAUAUUAGGAAAGUUAACACUAUUUUACAGCUACAUUAACAAGUGCUUCAGCAAACAUAUUCUCAUGUUGGUUUUGUGCAGGGGAUUCCAUAGUUUAGGUGGGUGCAACUUGACAUGUAUAGAAGAAAUAGAUUCUGACUGUUGAGCUCAUUUUGACAAAUGCAAACAGAAUUCCCAUUUGAUAUUUACAGAAUACGGUGGAACAAGUGGGAUCUUUCUAGAAUACUAUACAAACUCAAACAUGCAACCCACCGAUUCAUUUAUAUUAUGUCAUAUCUAUUAUUUAUGAUGACAAUCACAAAACACCCUUUUAUAAGCCUUUAAAAUUAUCCCUAAAAUGUUUAUACCAAAUUAUACUAGUUAGUUACAUAAGCGCUCAUCAAUAGAGAAAUCUUCAAGAAACAAAUCUGGUCAGAGCACAAUAUAUUUUAAUGUCAACCUAAUGGUUUUUUUGGGGGGGGUCUCAUUCAUCUGAAUUAUAUUUAUAAUUUCAA